CAAUUGGCAUGUAGACAUAAAAUAGGUCAUGCUUCAUCAGUUGAACAUUAUGGUGUAAUGAAUGACAGACCAAAUACUCCAGCACCUGAACAAGAAAAUAAGGGAAAAAUCCCAGUAAAAGCAUUAAUCGAUACAAUAUCUAAAUCCAAUACUAUUAGCAAGUGCUUGUAUAAUAAGCUUGAAAAAGAUUAUGGGUUAGAAGGUAUAUCUGGUGAUGAUUUGAUAGGCAAAGAAAUAAAAUACUUAGAUUUGCAAUUUCGGUAUAAAGGAAAAUGGCGAAGCUUAGAUGGUACUGAAGUAAUAGAUUUUCAAAUUUGCAAAAAUCCAUCAUUUGAUUUGCGCUAUGCUAAAAUUGAGAUAGAUGAUAUGAGUAUCCUAUUAAUCGAAGAAGAUAGCAGACCUACAGGCGACUCUUCAAGCUAUAAAGCCAGCUCUACUAAAAAUAACUUAUCUAUUGCAGAGCAGGCCGUAUUGUGGAACAAUGCUCAAGAGGAGGUUAUAAAUAUAAUUAACAAAAUUCUCUCAAAUAUCGAAGAUAGACUUGAAGGCUCCGAUUCAGAAUCCACGGAUUCAGACUGGUAUAAUCUCAACCCAAUAAAACCUCAAAAAAAGAGGCAGAGCUUCGAAUAUCUGAUUCAUUGUAUUCAUAUUAAAAAGAAAAAGGUUGUUUCUCCUAUUCGAAAACAUCAUAAAAAUAAGUAUACCAACUGUGUCCGUAUUCCAGAUUAUGUCUGUGAUGAAGUAAAAAUCGAUACUCAUUCAUUACAAUAUCAAUCAUUUCCUCCUGGUCUGUUAUUAAUUCCUGAAAAGGCUGUUUAUCUUUAUCCAUAA